CCUAUUUUACGAAAGUUCCCUUUUGGGGUGGUUCUUGAUAUUUUAGCCAUUGAAAUAACUGUGUUUAUGUAUUAUUGCAUAAAGUUAUCUUUAAAACUAUACGUUUAUUCAUUUUUAGUCUCAUUUUUGCUCACUAUAACUAAAAACUCACUUCAACUAACUUCAAUCCUUGCAGGGGUCGAUAGAGCAUUCGAUUAUUUAAUUUAAAUGUGUCUCAUUACGGUAACAUAAAAUGCUAAUGAAUAUAAUAUAAUAAUUGAGUGCCGAUCUUUUAAUACGAUAAACGUGCAUAAUUAUUGACCCUGGCACAAUAUUGACCAUAAUAAUGCACAUAUGUGGUUACCAUAAUAUGUUGCAAUUACUUCUUUAUAAUAUAACGUCUUCGUUUAAUAUUGUUUCAUGACGAUACAUGUGCAAAUAUGACCUAAACAGUUGCUGUCAAACUAGGACAAAAGUAAACUUGCUUACGCUCGAUUCUAACAUCUUAUAUAAAUAUACAAUUUUUACAAAAUAUAUAAGUAUAUUUUUUUGACCGAUCAAAUAACGUUAAUAAAUAGGUUUAUUCUCACGAAAAUUCAUUUACGUGGAUAUUGUUUUGAAUUCAUGACUUCCUGUGAAUUCAGUAGGACUGUGGGAUCUUUUUAUUGCCUCAUACAAACAUUUAAGUAUCAAAGAUCGUAAUUUAGGUCAUAAUUAGCCAAAGGGGGGCCGGGAGAGUUUCGAGACGACAACGGGGAUAGGAACUUAUAUAAAGGUGAAAAUGUGAAAUGCUCCGAAGAUUCUUUCUACACUUUCAUAUCGCUGAGAUAAAAAUGCGAGUGGCACUUUGUUUUGGUCUCUUCUUUUUGGCCGUUGUGUCGGCGUUUCCCCAAAAAGAAGGAGGAUCAUACACAAAUGAAGCUAUUCGGCAGGCCCAUAACUCUCGACUUAUCCCUAAAGAUGCUCAAAUUCAAAAGGUAGUUGAAGGGAUUGAAAUAGGUGCAUAUGAAAGCAUCCCCGGUAACCAGAGGGUAAAUCUGUUUGAAAUUUUGGGAGACCAAGUUCCUCCAGAAGUUGUCAAUAAUUUACAGCAGCAAGUCGAUCAAGUGGGGCGUCCUUAAACAUCCUCGCACUCUGAUGUUGUCUUAAAUCAAUUUUACAAAAAUUUGUAUAAAAAUAAUUGCAAAAAGGAAAACGGUCCAUGCUAGAAAUAUCCUCGCGCAUCGUAAUCACCUCUUUCAUUUUAAUAUUUACAACAUCCAUAAUAUUCACGUAAUUUUCUAGCCAUUAAGCCCAAACCCAUUAUCACUUUACAUAAUCGAAAUUAAAUUACAUUGACCUACUUUGUUGAUAUAAUCGUCUGUAUAUAUGGUACUUAAGAGUUGAUUCGAUUCAUUUUUUUUUUAAUUAGGU